UUGAAAUUUUCAGACGUUCCCGGCUAUCUUAUCAAUAAGAAGGAAACCAAGGAGAACAAAAUCGUUUUUCAUGUCGUUAUUCGAAGGUGUUCUUUGAAAUACCUGUAUUUCUUUGCUUUUUGCCAAGUCUUAUUCAGGAAAACACUUUUUUACACUGUUAUUCUGAUUAUUCCAACAGUUCUUAUGGCCUUUCUUUCAAUGAUGGCAUUUUAUCUACCAGCAGAUUCUGCAGAAAAGAUUUCGCUGACUAUAAAUUUACUCUUGGCUCUUGUAGUGUUCCUCUUGCUAGUUUCAAAGAUUCUGCCUCCAACUUCAAAUAUACCUUUAAUGGGGAAAUAUCUCUUGAUGGCAUUUGUAUUGAAUAUAACAACAGUUGUGGUAACCGUUGUGAUUGUGAACGUUUACUUCCGAAGUGCCAUCUCACAUGAAAUGCCUGACUAUGUGAGAAGUGUAUUUCUCGAGUUUCUUCCAAGGGUACUUAUGAUGAAGAGGCCUGAAAGAAUACCAAUAUUUAAUGGAUAUUUUGUCGAAGAGUACAGCGCAUCUGAAAUCUUCGAUGCAAGUAAGUGGAAAUUUUCGUUUUAAAA